ACUCUCGGUAGCUAUUCAGCCAUCAUUGCUGCCUCCUCUGAUCAAAUCCAGACUCAUCGCACGUACGGGCCGAAAUUCCGGCUUUGGUGCUCCGCUCCUUCGUCGACCUUUUGAGAGGGUGGGCUGUCGCGCGCGCACAAUAUCGGCUCUCGGCCACAAUUGGGCCGGAUAAAUAGGACGCAGGCGCACAAGCCAACUCUGGGGGAACUCCCGCAAAUCCUCCUUUUCUCAACUACCGGUUGAGUCGUUGACGGCACUGGCGACAAGAUGGCUGGGGGCGGUGACUCGAUUCCCAAGGCGUGCAUCUUUGACAUUGGGGGCGUUGUCGUUGGUUCCCCGCUCGUAGGCAUCAACGAGUACGAGAAAGAGCGUGGCCUGCCCUUCAACUAUCUCAAUGUCGCCAUCACACAGACUGGGAAGUCAGGCGCGUUCCAGAGACUGGAACGAUCCGAGAUCGACAUGUACACUUUCUAUGAGGCGUUUGGCAAGGAACUCAGCCAAGUCGACCUCAUGAAUCGAUGGUUCACCGAAUUCUGCAAGGCAAGAGGCACUGAGGUGCCAAAACUCCCAACAUCGCUCACAGUCGAUGGUCGAGAGCUUUUUGGCCUGAUGAUGAAGCAAUCGACGAAAGCGGACGCGAAGAUGGUCGCAGCAAUUGAGAAGCUUCGCGCCUCUGGUAACUUCAAAGUGGCCGCACUGACCAACAACUUCUCCCCGCCCACCCAGCCGCCAUCCGGCAGCGGCAGUGCAAGGGGAGGGCGCGUGCCUUCGCUCGAGGAGGAGCUCGACCACCUCGGCAUCGGUCAGGGCACCCGCCAGAUCAAGGGCCUCUUCCACCACUACAUUGAGAGUGCAAAGGUUGGCAUGCGCAAGCCCGAAGAGGGCUUCUACAAGUAUGCCUUGGACCUGCUCGGCGUCAAGCCAGAGGAGACGGUGUUUCUCGACGACAUCGGAAUCAAUCUCAAAGCGGCGCAGAAGCUCGGUAUAAAGACGAUCCGUGUCUCUCCCAAAUCGUCCCUCCCCGCGCUCCAAGAGCUCGAGAAAGUCGUUGGGAUGAAGCUCCUCGAAGGCGACGAUGCUGCACGAUCAAAAUUGUAGCAGCACGGACAAAUCUCGGAGCACUAGUCACGCCAUUUUGCAAGAAUCGUAUCAAUGAUAGGUAGCCAGAUGAGAGAAAAAGUAGAGACAGACCGUUAAAGAGAAGAAUAGAAGAGAAAGGGGGA